AGCACCAGUAGAUGUCAGUUAACACUGCAUCUAAUGGACCCGGAAGACUUCUACUCAUGCCUGGCGAAAGGGUUGUGAGUCGGACCAAGUCUGUAGAAUUUCAUCUGGAUGGCAACAACCUCCCUCCCAAGCUAGUUAAGAGUGCUGCUGGGGAGAUCUACCUAACCAACCGACGGGUUAUAUUCCUUUCUAAGGAUUCCAAAAACUUGCACUCUUUUUCCGCUGACUUUGGGUCCAUUUCCAAUGUAGAGCUGGAACAACCUCUGUUCGGAGCGAACAACGUAAAAAGUAUCGUGCGAGCCGAACCAGGCGGAGGCUGGGAUGGUACCGCAAAACUUAAGUUAAUUUUCAGUUCUGGUGGCGCUAUACAGUUUGGGAAACAUCUUCGUCACAUGCAACAAGGCGGAGCAGCUCCCACAGAACUACCACCAACAUACGAUUCAUUUGACUACAACCCUUACGGUGCUCCUCCGGCUCCCUACAACGAAAAUGGAAACGCACCUCCAUACGGGUACGCUCCACAACCUGGACCAGGAUACGCUCAACCUGGACCAGGGUACGCUCCACAACCUGGACCAGGAUACGCUCAACCUGGACCAGGGUACGCUCAACCUGGACCAGGGUACGCUCCACAACCUGGACCAGGAUACGCUGUCCCUCCAGGAGCAUAUCCUCCCCCUCCCCCUCCUCCCGGAUACGACAGUUCCGCUCCUCCCCCAUCCAAUUACACCGCCCCUCCCAGCUACAUGUAUGAUGCGGGACCCUCAACUGCUGCUCCGCCGUAUAACCCAACUUACGGAGCACCCGGACCAUCAUAUAACGCAGCCGCUGGACAGGCUAUGUAUGCUGACAACUCGAAUACAGUCUACGUGAACAAUCCUAAUUCUCAGCCGAGCAGUAGCAGUAGUCAAGCCUCAGCUCCUCCGGGACCCUCCGAAGACAAGAAGACUAGAUAGACACGUGACAGGCUAGUCACGUGACAAGAUAGACACGUUACAAACUAGUCACGUGACCUUCGGGUCAUCUUCCACCGCAUCGUAUGUCAUUGUUUGUGAUCACCAGAGACUUGAUUAAUGAUUUUGAGACUUAAAAUUGAUUGAUAGAAAUUUAUACGUAAGUUUUUUUCCAUUUUACGGAUGUAUUGAGAGUAGAGCUGAUCAAUUCGUAUAUUUAUUUGUGUAAUAUUUCCUGAUUUUGUUGAAUUCUUUCGGGAUUGUGAAACGAAAAAUCGUAAAAAUUUCAUGGGCAAAUAUACUACUAAUUAAGGUUUUGAAAUUCAGAAGUUUUGAAUUAUCGAUUUAUUUUUGAAAGGGAAGAUUUACCUUUACUUGUUGUGAAGCUAAUAAUCUGAAAUUCUUUGGUAUCUUUUCCAUGAUUCUGUGCUCAGUGCUGUGAUUCAUCCGAAGAUGAAUUUUUUGAAUGACCGAAAAAGGAGAAGCUCAGGAGUUAUUACUUAUUACAAUAAAAAUUAUAUCUUUACAGAGCUAAAUUAUGAUUGUUAAACGGUUUUCAGCAAAGUUUUGAUAGUUGAUAUUAUAUCGUUGAAAAUUUCUCAAAAAAAAUGGAUUGUUUGAAUCAAUUGUUCUACAUCUGUAAAAUUUGUUGAAUGAAAUUACUUGUCCAUGAACUUGGACCACCUUCAU